GAUAACAACCAUUAUAAAAUAAUAAGUAACAAUGUAACAUGAUUUGAUUUUGUAGUUUUGUACGAUAUAGUACGACUCAAUAAUUCAUGUUUUUACUUUUUAGUCAUUUAACGAUAUAACUUUUGCUUUAGUUAUUGAAAACAAUAAAUAUAGGUAUCGAGUAUAAUUUUUACCACGUACUAAAAUCUUAGUCCGUGAUUUUUGUAUAUUUUUACGAAUUUACCGGUGUAAUAAUGGUAGUCGUUGAACAUUCAAUACAAGACCGUAUCCGUCGAAAUGACUACGAUCAGAAUGGUGAUAAAAGUCAACAAUUAUUAGUAGAUGAAGAUGCCGCUAUCGAUUUCGCUAUAGCAAACUUUUGUCCUCGACUACGUGAUGCUAUAAGUGCUCUUUCACGUCAUAAAGUUGGUCCAUUACAACAACGUGUGCAUUUAUCAGAUUUUCAAAGUUCCACCCUAUCUUCUUUACCGACAGAUGAUUCGAGUUCAUGUAUGCAGCCUUCUCGCAACGACAAGUUUGUCCUUUCCUUACCAUAUUUGUAUGAAGAAAAUUCACCUGCAUCCAGUCAUAAUUUUAUGGUAAGGUGGUCUAUAAUUGCACAAUGUGGCCGUCCAGAUAAGGCGCCUGAAGUUAUUUUACUGGAAAUGGAUAAUUCAUCCAUAAAUUUGGGAUACAGUGAGGGAACAUUACGUAGGACACAACAACGUCGCCAGUAUCAAACUAAUCAGAUUUUUCAAGAACGUUACUGGCAACAAUAUGUGGCCAGUGAUGCAUUUUAUAUACAGUGUUUAACUAAGUGGGACAAAAUGAAUAAUAACGGCUCAAAUCUAUUGCAAUACUGUUUAUUAGCAGAUCAAUUAUAUGAAUGUUAUACCAAUUUCCAGCUUUACAAACUCAAGAUUUCAUUAAAAUCUACACCAUCAAUGAUACAACCACCUUCACAACUGGUUCUAGCAUAUACUCAAUACAAACAACUAAUUAAACUGUCUAAAUUAACCAUGGCAGAAUUAGAUAAUGUAAUGACCGAUAUCAAUGUCGAGAUUUUUGUUGAUUUAGAAAAUGGCAUUAAUAAUUAUGAUGAUCGCCGUAAUCAAAUAACUUCUGCUGCUACAGUGCGUAUGCGUGCUAUAAUCAGUAUAAUUUCAUCAGAACAAACAGUAACACCAUUAACUCCUGAGGCCACUGAUUGUAAGAAUGAUAACAAAUUAUUACAACUUGCUUCAGUAACUGGAAUCUUUCAAUCAACUGGUAAUAAAAAUGCCACCAAAUCAGGUGACGCCAAUGCUACUUUAAAUAAAAAAUUUGUAGUAAGAAUUUUAAGUUCAAAAUUAAGUCGUAUAACACCACAAGGAGCCAUGAUGUCAAUGAUGUUAAAUGCUAUAACAGAUCAAUGUUUAGACUCAACAGUGAUAGAUUUUGUAACAUACGUACGCAGAGUCCAACAGGCCGCAGUUCAAUCUUAUAAUUAUUAUGACAACAGUAAUAAUAAAACAGAUAAACCAUCGUCUGAUAUCAGUGAUAAUUAUUCAAUGAAAUUAUUACUUGAAGCUCUAAACGAAGCAUUUUGUGAUCAUCCUUCUAAUGGUAAUUGUCUUUUAGAUUAUCAAAUAGACAAUGAUGAAACAUCUACUAAGAAUACAAGUUUUAUUCGUUUUUUGUUGAUCGAUGAAGAUAUAGUCACAGAAACUACACAACUUAAAUACAUAUUAACUAUUGAAUACAAUAAAGAGCUCCAUGAAAAAUUACAAAGCUCUACAGAUUUGGAAAAUACUAAUCAAUUUGAUACUAAAGAAUCAGUUCCUAUAAUAGCAUUACGUUCUGUUUAUGAUGAUGAAAGUAGCGAUAAUUACUUAAAUAUUGAUAUUAAUGAUAUAACUGAAACUGAUAAAAAUUCUGUUAAAUAUAAUAGUGAGUUAGCCAAAGUUAUUAAAAUUACUGCCAUAAAUGGAAUGCGAAUAUUACGUAAAGAUGUGUUAACACCAGUGUUGACUCGAUAUAAUAAAGAAUGGGCACCUACUGAUCCAUACUUUGUGGCUUCUUCAAGUACACCACCCCCAUAUCCUGCAACACUAUAGAAUACAAUCUAAUGUUAAUAUUUUAUUCAUUUUUUUUUUUAAGUUAAUGCAACUUUUUGUUAUAAUUAAGUUUUGAAUAUAAUGUAAUGGGUAAAAAGAAACUAACUAAAACAAAUUUUAUUUUGUGCAGAAAAUAAAUUAUGUUUGUUAUUUAAUGUAAUGUAUUAGUUUAAUAAUGAGAUUAUUUUUAAUUUGUCCUAUAUUUGUUCAUGAACCAUACAAGACUAUAUUAUUAUAAAAAAAAGUACUCCUUUAUAAUACAAAAGUUUAGAAAGUAUGAACAAUGUUUUUCAUUAUUUUAUAACUAACUUAUAUAUUAUAUUACUAUUAGACUAAAGAUUCUCAUCAAUUGUUUAAUUUAAGUAUCAAGAUUUGAUAUUCUAAUUUAAAAUAUUUAUGGUAUUCUAUAUUCAUGCAUUGUACAAAAUAAAUAUAUUUGUUUAUAUUUUAAA